AAAUCACCGAUAUUCGUCCGAAGCAGUUCAAUACAAUUGAACAUAGACCAUUCGUUUGCUGUUUUUCGCAUUCGCACACCGCCAAGACUGCGAUUUCAAUGCUGAAGCAUUUUCAAGUCUGCAUCUUCAAAAGCCUUCGUUUUCAAAUUAUUCGCGUCGCGUGCUCAAGAAAUAAACUGAGAUACAAAUUCAUGUUGUUUAGGAUUAUGGUGACUGCGUGAUUACACAUGGAAGACUUAAAGCUACAGACCUGGUUUCCUUGUGUGUUGGUGGUGAACGCCUGCACCCAGUUCCCUAAGGAGCUUUUCCAUGAUACAGAGACAGGGUAGAGAAAAUUCUGGUUGACAGAGAAAAGCAGUGGCGUCGCCAAAGGGUGGACUGGGGUGGACAUGUCCACCCAAGUUUUCCCUGAAGUCGAUUUUCUAAUUACUCGAAAUUUGUUGAAAAACCUUUGGAGGGCGAGGGAGGUGGGCUGAUCAGAUCGAUUUCGAAAAAGCCACCGUUACGAAAAAAGCUGUUUGAGAAAGUUGCUUGCCAAAAGAUUUCGAAAUAGAUAAAAAAACACUAAAAAGGUUUUUCCAAGAGCCUGGAGGGCGUGGCCGAGAAAACUUGUUUUCGUUCACCCCAGUUUUUUCGAGCUGGCGAUGCCACUGGAGAAAAGGUGAAACGUGAAGACGGGACAAGUAAAAGGGAAGACGAAAGCUAAACUUAGCCACGAGCAGCGGGACCCAAGCCUAAUAUGUUAUCUAGGAAGAAAACUUCUUCUUAUUCACUGAGGGGCAGCACAUAGACAAACUUUGAAAAUAUAAAUAGUUUUAAAUACGUUGUAUUAUGCAUUUGAGUUGACAAUUUUGUUUUAUCAAUUCAAUAAAUCUUGUUAUUUUGAUGUGUUAAGGGAAUAGCCUGGUUAGCAGUAACAGCAAUGCUAUAACUGUUGAAGUAUUUAUUGUAAAACCUUCAGAAGGGGGGUUUUACAAACGUGAGUUCUUUGUAGGCAGAAAUUCUCAAAAAUACGGCAACGGCGGAUAAGAUCAAAAUUCUUCUUUUUAUGGCAAUCAUACGACUAACGGCUAACAACAAGUUCAACAAAUAACGACACGGCUUCAACAGGCACGACAAAACUCGCGACAGAGCUCCAAGCAGUACGACAAAACUUUCGACAAGACUGCCCCUAAAUUAUGGAACAAAGCUUUAUAUACCCUAAGCAAACCUUAAAAUAAUAAUUACGUAAUACAAAAAACAUAUUUACAGACGCUGAUGCAACCACAGCGCAAUGGUGCAAUUGUCACGUGAUACUGUCCGUGAGGGAAUUCUGUGUCGUUAUAUUAUUCUAUCUAACUAUUAGAUUGUUCUUUAUUUUUUUUAUAAGAAAGGAUGCAAUUUCAACAUUGUCUUAGCUAUGCAGGAUCAGUUCCGAAAGUGAUUGAGUAACAAAUUAACGUAAAAUUUUAUUGCAGAUAUUUUCAUGCGAGGUGCAUUAAAAGCCUGGGAACAUUGUCAGAAAACAGGGCAGGACGAUAACUUUUGAAUCGGGAAGGGGGGGGGGUGUUAUCAAACAAGCAAUGAAGACUAUAUGUGAUUAUUUAUACACUGUUGGAAAGAAAAAGGACUUUAUUUGUAUUAGAAAUAUAUUAGGACCAAUGGCUUCAACAUGCUGAAAUCCAAUAACUUUGAUUAAGCGCAUUUUGAUCAUUGCUUGGGGGGGGGGGGGGCUACGCCUCUAAGCCUCCAACUUCUGCAGUUUCUGCGAUUAUAUGUCAAAAUCUGGUGGGGAAAUUCAUAUGGAGCUAUGUGGCUCCCCUGUGGGAACCUCGUGCUGCAUGACAACUUCAAACCCUUAAUAGAUAUAGUCUUUGAUUUGGGCCUGUUAUGAAAACUUUAAAUACAAAAUUAUGCCAAUAGCUCGAUCUGUGAUAUCAGUCAAUCAUUUAAUCGCUCAAUCAUUCAAUCGCUAAAUCAUUCGAUCACUGAUAUUGUCCUCUGUUAUAUGUUUGAAGAGAACAGGGAUAAUCAAAAGGAUUUUCUAUGAAAAACUAUUGACUAUGAAAAACAUAAGUGAUUUGAAAUAAGAAUCAGUAUGCCAGGCCUUUCACUGGAUUCUCCUAUUCACCAAUGAAGAUAACGAUAAAGUGUAAGCCCGAAUAAAUAAGUCGAUGACGAACAGUAUACAGAGAAAUUGAUCAGAACGAGCGUAUCAAAAUGAAUUACUAAUAUUUUACUGUAGCAUGCAAGCCUCCAUCAGAGUGAAUCUAAGGCCAGUCGAUCCAAUCAACCAAUAGUGUCAGAUGGGGAGGAGAUUCUGACAUUUUAGAAAAUACCUAUAUUUUAGCAAGAUAAAAACAGAGUACCUGUUUAGGCACUAUCAGUCACUUGAACAUUAAAAAUUCAUAAAAUACAUUAUACCAUCCGAAUUCAUCGGCCUAAAUUAAUGAAUCGAGCCACAUGCAAUUGGAAACUUUGUGGUUUGCUAUGGAUUUGCUAUGGAUACGUUAAAACUGCUUGGAAGAAAUGUUAACAUGCCAUGAAUUUCUGUAGUUUUUCAGUGUUUUAAAGGGUGUGGACGAUGUUAUCAUUUAAAGUUUCUCCAACACUCUCUGUAUGGUUGUUGCUUGCAUUUGUUGUUGUUGCUGAUGCUGCACACAACGCUUCAGUAAUUACAGCAAAUGCCUCGUCCAUUCCAGCAACCAACCAGACUGCCAGAUGGAUAGCGGCAAACUCUUCUACAACGAUGCAAGUCACAGCUUUUCCUACAAUGAAACCAACUACUGUUGAUCAAUGUUUCGGAAAGAAAAUUUGGGCCGAUAAUCUGGUAGAUAGAGAAUGCACCACUAUUGCAUGCGCUGGCAACAUUUUCAGUAAAUUUGAAGAGUAUAUGAAAUGCAAUGAUAAGAAGGAUGAUGAUAGAGUAAGCACGAUAGCUAAAUCGACUCUGGACUACGCCGAAGCGGUUGCAGAGUCGUACGUGAAGUCUCAACCUUCCUCUGUUUUGGCAAAUGGCUCAGUCUCUUUCACCACGAACCUGUUUUUUGUCGAAGUUGGCUUUUUGAAUAGACAAAGAACCGAUCUACGUCACUUCUCGGUUAUUCCGGAUUUCAGCAAAAGUCCAGCAUCUGCUUAUCGUGGAGAGAAAGACAAGUUCAGAUUUUCGAUGAUAACCCUGAACCCUGGUGUCACAGCGUAUUACAUUCUUCUACUGAGAAAUCUAAUUUCGACUACCCAGCCAAUACAGUUUAAGGACGAAAAGCCUGCAGUUGCUGAAGAGCUUGUGAAGAAGAAGCUAUACAGUUGGCCAACACGCACUGGCAAGUGGGUUUUGAAUUCACAGAUAGCUCAGAUAGGGUUUAGUCCAAAACCAUCAUCGAUGAGUGAACCGAUUGAAGUAACAUUGUGGCACAAGGUGCAUAUAAAGAGAAAGAACCACGAAUGCGUUGUGUAUCCUGGCGCCUUGAACAACGAAUAUUCCUCAUGGACACGUGAAGGGUGCUACCGAACCUACACUGACAGACAUAAGACCGUUUGCCGAUGUAGAUAUCAAGGAACUGUUGCAGUCGUAUCUGAAAUAGACGAGGAAAUCGCUACUAAAUCUGGAUUUUCGAGAACCUUCAUCACACAGAUCUCCUUGGCAGUUACUGCAUUCAUCCUGCUUGGCCUUCUCUUGUCAAUUAUUUAUCCUGUCUAUAAAGGAUACCUACAUCUAAUGAGGGUUCGGAUAUACUUUUUCCACGACAUCGCUUGCUUCAUGGUGUACUUAUCGUUCAUACUUGGAGUGAUUGUCAGUGAUAAUCGAAAAUAUACGGACACAAUGUCCGGAUGCAUCCACUAUUUUCAGACGGCAGUGAUUUCUUGGAUACUGGUGGAAGGUGUGCAUAUCUAUCAGUCUUUCAACCCAGUGUAUGAUGCAGAUGUCACCAGCCCAACUUUCUUUUACAACACGAUUGGAUGGGGUAUACCAGCAGCAUUGUCUGGGGCAUGUGCGGGCUACCCUUACGACCUUACUGUGCUUGCUGAAUUCUCUUGGAUGAAAGUAAGUGGGUCUGGACUGCUGUAUUUUGUCAUUGGCCCGUUGUUUUCUGUGCUGGCCAUCACUCUGUCCUAUGCUCUUAUAUUUUACGAGCUUCGAAGUUAUAUUGGAGGCAAAUAUGAUUACCCGUACAGGCGUGCAAUUGAAUAUUACAAAAGAAGUUGCCUUCUAAUGAUAGUUGCAUUCCUUGCUUGGUACUCAGGCAUUAUGGCUCGCAACAAUCCUGAUAAGCUCUCCUUUAGUUUCUUUUUCCUUGCAAUGUAUGGAACACAGGGUUGUGCUAUAAUAUACAUGCAUUUUUUGAAAAACACUGAGCACCCUGUGUAUGAUAUAAGCUAUUUAUUAUUUGAUCGAAUUUGUAAACGAACUAAUGUUAAUGUUGGUUUUUUCCUAGGUAUACCAGCAGCAUUGUCUGGGGCAUGUGCGGGCUACCCUUACGACCUUACUGUGCUUGCUGAAUUCUCUUGGAUGAAAGUAAGUGGGUCUGGACUGCUGUAUUUUGUCAUUGGCCCGUUGUUUUCUGUGCUGGCCAUCACUCUGUCCUAUGCUCUUAUAUUUUACGAGCUUCGAAGUUAUAUUGGAGGCAAAUAUGAUUACCCGUACAGGCGUGCAAUUGAAUAUUACAAAAGAAGUUGCCUUCUAAUGAUAGUUGCAUUCCUUGCUUGGUACUCAGGCAUUAUGGCUCGCAACAAUCCUGAUAAGCUCUCCUUUAGUUUCUUUUUCCUUGCAAUGUAUGGAACACAGGGUUGUGCUAUAAUAUACAUGCAUUUUUUGAAAAACACUGAGAUCAUUGAAUAUCGAGAAAGCAUGAAAGCAACAAACGAUGGUAGCCUUACAGCUAGGACUGAGGAAGACAACAUCUCGAUGAUGAGUAGCGUGAAUUUAUCACAGUCUGAUUUCAAAAGUCAAGCUUCCCUCAGAAGUGGUGCGGGAAGAAGGUCAAAGCAAAGUAGGCCUAAGACAGCCGAAUCACGUGAUGACACAAUUGAAGAAGAAGGAUCUCGAAGAAGUAGCAAUAGCAGUAGCAGCAGUGAAAGUGAUGACAGUAGCAGCAGCUCUGCAGAAGAUGACGUAGAUGAGCAACAAAGUCAGCGAUAUUCUUACGGUGCGUAUACAGAAAGCAGUAGGCCAGUUUCGGCCACUACCAAAGGGUCGAUGGAAGCAGGGACUGAGGAGGGAGAUGAAGCAGCUGGUGAAAGCUCACAUGAAGAGGGAGCUGUGGAAGACGAGAACAUUGAUACGAACAGGGAAAAAGGACACCAUAGUGUUAUGAUUGAAGAUGAGAAUUUACAAAAAAGUUCGUAUGAGAAUGGUGAAGAAGUUGAUCGUAUCUUGGAGAAUCAAGAGACAGGUGAUGAUGUAGAGAGUCAAGAAAACGAUAGAGGUGAAUUGGAGGGGGACGAAGAUGCUAUUGUGAAUGAUGUAGAUGAAUCCAACGACGAAGAGAAUGCACAGGAGGGUGCUGUGAAUGAGUUGGAUGGUGAGGAAGGCAAUCAAGGAUUCAAUGCGAAUGAAUUGGAUGGCGAAGAUCAAGGAAACGAAGCAAAUGAAUCUAUUGAUGAAGAUGGUGUGAAGGAUAACAAUAAAGAAUCACUGAUUGAAGAGAACGAACAAGGAAAUGAUGUGAACGAACCAUAUGGAAAUGAAAUGCAGGAAGAUUCCAGCGGAAAUGCGGAAGGCAUUGUAGAAGGACAAGAAAUCCCAAAUCCUGCAAGCGGAGAUUCGGCAGAUGGAAGCAAUGAUGUUGACCUUGGGUACAAUGAAAAUGGUGACGAAAGCACUGCUUAAUAUCCGCGGUGUGUACAAAACAGUUUCAAGAUUUCAAUUUUCUCCCAGAUUUCACUUUACUCACAUCUGUAACCGUUGUACUUGUAAAUAGUCGAAUAUUUAAAUGUUAAGCUUGAUUAGAGGUUUGGAGGAGAAAAAAUCUUCACAAUUCAA